AUGACUUCGGGCUUGGAGGACGCGCUGGAGCACAGUGGUGGUCAUGGCCGCAAGACAGAGGGAGUCUCAAUUUCGACGUUCCUGUCCUCGCUGGCGACGGCCAUCAUCGUCUUCGUCGUCGAAUUCAUCCUCUUUCUCUUGCUGAAGGGCAAGCUAAGCCGCAUAUAUCAACCACGAACCUACCUGGUACCGGAUAGAGAACGUACGAAACCCUCGCCGCCAGGUCUUCUGAGCUGGAUCGUACCUGUUUUCCGUACCUCGAGCUCAGAAUUUAUUCAAAAAUGCGGGCUCGAUGCCUAUUUCUUUCUGCGCUAUCUGCGCAUGCUUUUGAAGAUCUUCCUACCCAUGGGCAUCUUGAUCUUACCUGUCCUCCUCCCGCUGAAUCGCGUGGACGGGAGAGGUAACACCUACAAAAACGGCACCAGUGGUGAUCGAUACGACGUUGCUGGUCUGGACCAACUCGCAUGGGGCAACGUGAGGCCCCAGCACACUAAUCGUUAUUGGGCUCACCUGGUGAUGGCCGUCAUUACCAUCGCUUACAUCUGUUUUGUGUUCUUUGACGAGCUCCGAGGAUACAUUCGCUUGCGACAGGCUUACUUGACCUCCCCCCAGCAUCGACUGCGCGCAUCUGCCACCACCGUGCUUGUGACGUCUAUUCCACCGGAUUGGCUCAACGUGGAGGCUCUGGACAGACUGUACGAUGUCUUCCCUGGGGGUGUUCGAAACAUCUGGAUCAACCGCAACUUCGAUGACCUGAACGAGAAAGUCAAGGAGCGCAACAAAAUGGCUCUCAAACUCGAAGGUGCCGAAACGGACCUUAUCGCCCAAUGCAAAAAGGCACAGCUCAAAAAGGCCAAAGCGGAAGCCAAAAAAGAGGGCAAGAGUAAAGCAAGCGCAGAGAAGCAAGAGAAAAAGGCUGCCGACAAACGAGCAUCUCACAUGGCUAUGGGUCCUGGUAUCAGCUCUGGCAACCCUCAUGACGCCCAUACAGUUCGCGAGGCCCUUGACGGCACCAACCAAGAACCCCCGGCAAAGAAAUCAGAGGAUGGAGCUCGUCGGGUCUUUGAUCCUGCCUUUGCAGCUGCUGGGGCGGUGGGAUUAGGCGUCGGGAAGCUGGGUAAAACUGUUCUCGGGGGUUUCAGAAAGGUUGAACACGGUUUCGAUGGGCCUUUGACUCAGACAAGGGGCUUUGUUGCAACCACGGACGACGUUCUUCCCCCUCGAGGAAACACGCCGAGUCAUGAUCGGACCGCUUCUGGUAAAGUGGCUACAACCGAAGCUUCUGAGCCUGCCGGUUUGCCGCGAACCGACGUGCCAACCCAAGACACGAAAACACCCCCUGCCCAAGCAUCAUCGUCAAAACCACCAUUUUGGAGACGAAUGUCAUCCCACACGAAAUCGAUAAAAUCACAAGAUGCGCCCGAGCCAGACGAAUAUCCCUUGACCGCGCCUGAAACACCUGCGACCGAUGCAGGCCGUCCAGGCUCUUCGGAUUCCGAGGCAACUGGCAAAGGCAAAGACAAGAAAAAGAAGGACAAGAAACCCGAACAGGAAUACCCAGUUGCAUACAAUGAAAACUUCGAGAAAGAAGACUAUGGCGAGCCACUGUGGAAGGACUACAUUCGACCUAAGGAUCGAGACACUAUGCGUCUGCCCAUCUUCGGUUGGAGUUGGAUGCCGUCAAUCUGGCUUUUGGGUCAAAAAGUUGACACGAUUGAUUAUUGUCGAAAAGAAGUUGCCCGUCUCAAUUUGGAGAUUGAGAUUGAUCAGCAACAUCCCGAGCGUUUCCCUUUGAUGAACUCGGCGUUUAUCCAGUUCAAUCAUCAAGUCGCUGCUCACAUGGCUUGUCAGGCCGUCAGUCACCAUCUACCUAAGCAGAUGGCACCUCGAGUGGUGGAGAUCUCACCCGACGACGUUAUUUGGGACAACAUGUCUAUCAAAUGGUGGGAACGUUAUCUGCGAACCUUUGGCAUCAUAACAUUGGUGUGUGCCAUGGUUGUUGGAUGGGCUUUCCCCGUCGCCUUCACUGGACUUCUCUCGCAGCUAUCAUACCUCGAAGGUGCAUUCCCAUGGCUGGCAUGGCUCGGAAAACUACCAGAUUGGUUCAUCUCAGCCUGUCAGGGUAUUCUGCCUGCGCUAUGUUUGGCUAUCCUGAUGGCACUCCUUCCCCUUAUUCUUCGCUUCCUGAGUCGCGCCCAAGGCAUCUUUACCGGCAUGUCCGUCGAGCUGACGGUACAAAACUACUACUUUGCCUUCCUUUUCGUGCAGCUAUUCCUGGUUGUUACCAUUGCAUCCAGUUUCUCCACAAUCAUUGAGAGAAUUACUGAUGUGACAAGCUGGCCGGAGCUGCUUGCCUCCAACAUCCCCAAAUCUAGUAACUACUUCUUCUCUUACAUGAUUCUGCAAGCCAUGUCUGUGAGCGCGGGUGCACUUGUGCAAAUCUUCGGCCUUGUGAGCUGGUUCAUUCUGGCUCCGAUAUUGGAUUCCACCGCGAGAAAGAAGUGGGCUCGAACCACGAACCUGAAUCAGAUGCAAUGGGGCACGUUCUUCCCAGUGUACACCACCCUGGCCUCGAUUGGUCUGAUCUACUGUGUGAUUGCACCUCUGAUUUUGGUUUUCAAUAUCAUCACUUUCAGCUUAUUCUGGUUUGUCUAUCGCUACAACACGCUCUAUGUCACCAAAUUCCGCUUCGACACCGGUGGUCUUCUAUUCCCUCGGGCCAUCAACCAACUGUUCACUGGGCUCUAUAUUAUGGAAGUCUGCCUGAUUGGCUUAUUCUUCCUGGUUCGGGAUCAGGAUGACAGUGUCGCAUGUAAGGGACAAGCCAUUUGCAUGAUUGUCGUCCUUAUCUUGACUGUCGGCUUCCAAAUUCUUCUCAACGAUGCAUUCCACCCACUGAUUCGCUACCUGCCUAUCACGUUGGAGGAGGACGCCAUUCGUCGUGAUGAUGAGUUCCGUCGUGCCCAGCACGCUCGCCUCGGUCUCGCCAUUGAUGAUGAGGAAGAGGGUGAUGUUGAGCACAGCCUGGCCGAGGCUGAGCGCCGGGAGCGCGAGCAGGGCCAAGAGGCCCGGGACAUUGAACUCAAGCCUUUGGAAACUGGUUUGGACCAGAAGAGACAAAACUCGGAUCACCUGUCAACGCCCAGACUUGAGCACAAACAGCCUUCAUGGGCCACUAAAUCAUCACAGCGGAAGUCCAAGUACUUUGGUCUGCACUCACCAAGCUCGACGCCUACACUUCGGGCUAUGCGUGAUAAGAUGGCCCAAGAUGCCGAGGCACAAGGACCAGCCCCCAACACAGUUGGGCAAGCUCUAUUUGCCGGUAUCAAUGAUGAGCUCGAGGAUCUCACGCCAGACGAGCGUGAUCAACUGGUACAGCGUGCCUUCCAGCACGAAGCGCUCCGUGCGAAGCGACCAGUGAUUUGGAUUCCUCGCGAUGACUUGGGUGUCAGUGACGACGAGAUCUACCGUACCCAGCGAUUCAGCAAACACAUUUGGAUCAGUAAUGAGUACCAAGCGCUCGACGGCAAGUGUCGGACGAUAUUCAGUCGCAGUCCCCCGGAUUUCUCAGAGGUGGAUUUGAUUCAACUGUGA